GAAGACGGAGAAGGAGAAGAAGAAGAAGAAGAAGAAGAAGAAGACGGAGAUGAAGAUGAAGAAGAACACGAACACGAACACGUAAAAGAAGAAAAAGAAAAAGAAAAAGACGAAGACGGAGAAGAAGAAGAAGACGAGGAAGAAGACGAACAUGAAGACGAAAAAGAAGAAGAAGGCGAAGAAGAAGACGGAGAUGAAGACGAAGAUGAAGACGAAUAUGAAGACGAAGACGAAUACGAAGAAGAAAAAGACAAAGUCGAAAACAAAGACGGUAUCGCAGUCUUCUUCAGGCACCAGCAUCAGCGCAGAGUUAAUACGCAGCAAAGUCUGCCAAAGCACCGAGUCGCCGGUCUGACGCUGCAAAGCGUCAUGACAACUCGGGCAGAGCAUUCGGGCGUGGAGAUGCUCCACAACGUCUCCUCGUCGCCGCGACAAUGUUACCAAAAAGAGCAUCAACUCAACGUCGUCAUUGGAAGAGAUGAAGACCAAGCUGUUGUCUUCCUCGACGUUCUCGCCGUCUCCUUUCCACCUACACCAUUGGGUUGA